GUCCCAGGUGGGUUUGGGUCGCUCGCUGUAGCUUUUGCAGAAGUUGGAGGCAGUACGCGGUUGAAAUGAUAACUGGCGAGAGAUAGUGUCAGGGGCCGGGGCUGCUCAUUUUGUGUCGCGCAGGCAUGGCUGAGUAUCAGCCGAGACCGUGAACUAGGCGAUGAUGAGGUGGCAGCGCGUCUGUCACUUAAGUUAGAUGGGGCGGUUCUUUGUGGGGCUUCUGACUCUACAGCCUCAGGUGGAUAAUGGUCAAGGAACAAUCUGAAAUUCAAGUCAAAAAGGAGGUAGAAGAUAAUAGGUAAAAGAGUUACCUAGCCAAGAUAACUUUGGUGUGAGAAAAUUUGAAAUCAGCAUUGAAAUUUAUUGCCUGUUCUGGUCAAAGUCUGUAGGCUAUAGAAAAAAGAAAUACUGAAGUUUGCAUCUAUAAAUGUAUACCAAGAUAAACUCAGAAUGUCCAGCAAGGAAGUAAAGACUGCUCUAAAAAGUGCUAGAGAUGCAAUCAGAAACAAAGAAUACAAAGAAGCUUUGAAACAUUGUAAGACAGUGUUAAAACAAGAGAAAAAUAACUAUAAUGCCUGGGUUUUUAUUGGUGUUGCUGCAGCCGAGCUAGAACAACCUGAUCAGGCCCAGGGUGCCUAUAAGAAAGCUGCUGAACUAGAGCCAGACCAAUUGCUGGCUUGGCAGGGGUUAGCAAGUUUAUAUGAGAAAUGUAAUCACAUAAAUGCUAAGGAAGACUUACCUGGUGUUUACCAAAAGCUCCUGGAUCUUUAUGAAAGUGUUGACAAACAGAAGUGGUGUGAUGUCUGUAAGAAACUUGUGGAUCUAUAUUACCAAGAAAAGAAACACCUAGAGGUGGCCCGAACAUGGCACAAAUUGAUAAAGACACGGCAGGAGGAAGGUGCAGACAACCAAGAGCUUCAUCAGCUGUGGAGGAGAUUGACUCAGUUGCUGGCUGAGAGUACUGAGGAUCAGAAUAAUGAGACCCAGCAAUUGCUUUUAACUGCUUUUGAGAAUGCACUGGGCUUAUCAGAAAAUAUUCCUAGUGAAGAUCACCAAGUACUUUAUAGACAUUUCAUUCAGUGUUUAUCCAAAUUUCCUCAUGAAAUUGCUAGGUUGAAGAAGGCCUGUGAAGGAAUGAUAAACAUCUAUCCCACUGUACAAUAUCCAUUAGAAGUGCUUUGUUUGCAUUUGAUUGAAUCAGGCAGUCUUACUGAUGAAGGACAGCAGUAUUGUCGCAGACUAGUGGAAAUGGAUUCAAAAAGUGGUCCAGGCUUCAUUGGUUUGGGGAUUAAAGCAUUACAAGACAGAAAGUAUGAAGAUGCUGUUAGGAACCUAACUGAAGGGUUAAAGGAAAGCCCUCUUUGCACAACGGGGUGGUAUCAUCUGGCCGAAGCCCAAGUUAAAAUGCAUAGAGCUAAGGAAGCUGUUCUUUCAUGCAGUCAAGCUCUGAAGAACAUAGAUAAUCUUGGUGUGUCUGGUGGCAGUCUUCAUCAGAAGAAUCUUUGUCUCCGUUUGAAAGCAGAGGCUUUGAUUAAACUCUCAGAUUAUGAAUCUUCAGUGGAAGCAAUCUGUACUCUUGAUCAGGUUUCUGAUGCAAAUAAUAUCCCAGGACUUUUGGUUCUUAAAAGCUUGGCCUAUCUGAAUAAAGGCUCAUUAGAUGAAGCUUCAAAGAUUAUGGAAGACCUUCUCUCUUCUUACCCUGACCUAGCUGAAGUUCAUGCCCUGGAGGCUUUGAUUCAUUUUACCAAAAAGGACUAUCCACAAGCAGAGAAAUGUUUCCAGAGAGCUCUUGAGAAAGAUGCUGAAGUUGCUGAAUAUCAUUACCAACUUGGGUUAACAUAUUGGUUCAUGGGUGAAGAAACAAGAAAAGAUAAAACAAAGGCUCUUACUCACUUUCUAAAGGCUGCCAGACUGGAUACAUACAUGGGCAAAGUUUUCUGCUAUUUAGGUCAUUACUACAGAGAUGUGGUAGGAGAUAAAAACAGAGCCCGUGGCUGUUACAGGAAAGCGUUUGAGUUAGAUGAUACUGAUGCUGAAUCUGGAGCUGCAGCAGUUGACUUAAGUGUGGAGCUUGAAGAGAUGGAAACUGCCUUAGCCAUCCUAACAACAGUAACUCAAAAGGCAAGUGCUGGAACAGCAAAAUGGGCCUGGCUGAGGCGCGGACUGUACUAUUUGAAAGCUGGUCAGCAUUCUCAAGCAGUGGCUGAUUUACAGGCAGCAUUAAGGGCAGACCCAAAGGACUUCAAUUGUUGGGAGUCAUUAGGAGAGGCAUACUUAAGCAGAGGUGGCUAUACCACAGCCUUGAAAUCCUUCACAAAAGCCAGUGAGCUGAACCCAGAAUCCACAUACAGUGUGUUUAAGGUUGCAGCAAUACAGCAAAUCCUAGGCAAAUAUAAGGAGGCGAUAGCUCAAUACCAGCUGAUCAUUAAAAAGAAAGAAGAUUAUGUGCCAGCUUUGAAAGGUUUGGGUGAAUGCCAUCUUAUGAUGGCAAAAGCAGCUCUAGUGGAUUAUCUUGAUGGGAAAGCUGUGGACUACAUAGAAAAAGCACUGGAAUAUUUUACUUGGGCUCUGCAGCAUCGAGCUGAUGUGUCUUGCCUUUGGAAGCUAGUUGGGGAUGCUUGUACCAGUCUGUAUGCUGUCUCACCAUCUAAAGUAAAUGUUAAUGUUUUAGGAGUCCUCCUAGGUCAGAAAGAAGGAAAACAAGUAUUAAAGAAGAAUGAGCUCCUCCAUCUUGGAGGAAGGUGUUAUGGUCGUGCAUUAAAACUGAUGUCCACAUCUAAUACAUGGUGUGAUCUCGGAAUUAAUUAUUACCAUCAAGCACAACAUCUAGCAGAAACCGGCAACAACACAAAUGAUCUUAAAGAGUUGUUGGAGAAAUCUUUACAGUGUCUGAAAAAGGCGGUGAGACUCGACAGUAAAAACCAUUUAUACUGGAAUGCUCUUGGUGUGGUUUCAUGUUACAGUGGUAUUGGAAAUUACGCCCUUGCUCAGCAUUGUUUCAUCAAGUCAAUCCAAUCAGAACAAAUUAAUCCUGUUGCAUGGACCAACUUGGGAGUCUUAUACCUUGCAAAUGAAAACAUUGAGCAAGCUCAUGAAGCUUUCAAAAUGGCUCAGUCCCUUGAUCCAUCUUACUUAAUGUGCUGGAUUGGACAAGCUCUUAUCGCAGAGACAGUUGGAAGUUAUGACACCAUGGAUCUUUUCAGGCACACUACAGAGCUUAAUAUGCAUACCGAGGGAGCAAUAGGUUAUGCUUAUUGGGUCUGUACAACAUUGCAAGAUAAAAGCAACAGAGAUACUGAGCUGUACCGGUACAAUAUCGUUCAGAUGAAUGCUAUUCCAGCCGCACAAGUUGUUUUGAGUAAAUACAUAGAAAGAAUUCAGAAUUAUGCUCCAGCUUUCACAAUGUUGGGUUACUUAAAUGAACAUCUACAACUGAGAAAGGAAGCAGCAGGUGCAUACCAAAGGGCAAUGUUAUUGUUACAAAGUGUGGAAGACCAAGAUACUUAUAAUGUUACAGUAAGAAAUUAUGGCAGAUUAUUAUGUUCCAUUGGUGAAUAUGAUAAAGCUAUCCAGGCUUUUAAGUCAACACCUCUUGAAGAGUUAGAAGACAUCAUAGGUUUCGCAUUGGCUUUAUUUAUGAAAGGUCUAUAUAAGGAAAGCAGCAAAGCCUAUGAGAGAGCCUUGUCUGUUGUUGAAUCAGAGCAGGACAAAGCGCAUAUCUUGACAGCUCUAGCAAUAACAGAGUAUAAACAAGGAAAAAUGGAUGUAGCCAAGACAUUGCUAUUUAAAUGCUCUAUCUUAAAGGAACCAACCACAGAAAGCCUUCAAGCCUUGUGUGCUCUAGGAUUGACAAUGCAGGAUCCUACACUGUCAAAAGCGGCACUUAAUGAAUUACUGAAGCACAUCAAGCAGAAAGACAGUAAUUAUCACAAGUGCCUUCUUUCUUCAGCAAUUUAUGCACUGCAAGGCCGCAGUGUGGCAGUGCAGAGACAAGCAUCUAAAGCUGUUCACAGUAACCCAGCUGAUCCUGCUCUUUGGUCUCUGUUGUCCCGAGUAGUUGCUCAGUAUACUCACCGAAGUGCAAAGGGAGGUGCUGUUGCAGGAAAUGUGGCUCAUAUUUUGGACUCAAAUCAUGGAAAGAAGGCGUUACUGUAUACUGCGGUAAAUCAGUUAGCUAUGGGAAGCAGUUCAGCAGAAGCUGAAAAAAAUAUUGCACUAAAGACCAUUCAGAAAGCAGCUCUUCUUUCUCCAGGUGACCCUGCCGUCUGGGCUGGGCUAAUGGCAGCCUGUCAUGCUGAAGAUAAACUGGCUCUAGUGGACAACACUGAGCCGAAGAGAAUGGAUUUGUACUUGGCCCUGUUAUCUGCUGUUUCUGCUUCAAUUAGAGACAAAGAAUUCCUUGAAAAUUAUAACCAAUCUCUGGAAAAGUGGUCUCUCUCCCAAGCUGUCACUGGUCUAAUAGACACAGGAAGACUAGCUGAAGCUGAAGGCCUCUGCACAAAGAAUUUAAAAAGUAACCCUGAUCAGCCAGCUGUUAUCUUACUCCUGAGACAAGUUCAGUGUAAACCACUCCUGGAUUCACAAAACCCUCUCCCAGAUGCUGUACUUGAAGAGCUGCAGAAAACAGUCAUGUCCAAUUCAACUUCUGUUCCAGCAUGGCAGUGGCUGGCACACGUGUAUCAGUGCCAAGGAAUGAUGGGUGCUGCAGAGAUGUGUUAUAGAAAGAGUCUACAAGUAGCAUCCCAGCAGGGCAGUUGGAGUGGGAAGCUGUCAAGUCUGUUGAGACUAGCUCUACUUGCUUUAAAAGCCUGCAUGGCUAAUAUUCCCAAUAAUCACUGGUCAUCUUUGGUUCAAGAAGCUACAACUGAGGCCUUGAAACUUUGCUUUUGUCCAUUGGCUGUCUUUUUACAAGCUUUGUUACAAUUCAACCGCAAAAUGGGGGCAAGAGAGACACGGCGACUUUUGGAAAGAGUGGUGUAUCAUCAACCGGGGUUUCCCAAGUCUAUUGUAUCAACUGCACGUUGGUACCUGCUGAGACACUUACAUGCCAAAAAUGACUACGAACUUAUUGAUGUGCUGGUAAACAAUGCCAAAACUCAUGGAGAUACAAGAGCAUUGGAAUUGAAUCAGAAAUUGUCCUCACAGUAACAGUGCAUUAUUUUAUAGUAAACAAAGAAAAGCUGUUAGAAAGAAUGAAUCAAUGAAUCAAAACUUUUGCCCAAAGCAACAUUUAAAAAAACAAAAAAAAAAAAAAAACAGAGUUAUAAUCAUCCAUUCCUAUUUUGAAUCUGAAGACAUUUAAAAUGUUCUUAAGCUAGGGAUUUAAUUUUCUGAAAGCUCUUAAUGUAACUUUAAUUUGAAAAAUAUCUUUGAUUUUGAGAAAUCCAUAAUGAAAGGAAAAAACAGGAUUCCCUUAGGUGGUCAUCAGUAAUUUGUAAACCAUUCUUUUCUCCAUCUUGCAUUAGGCACAAUAGGAUGUUUUUUGUACCCCUCUACAAUAAAGCCUUAAUAGCCAUUUUGCAAAUAAUAUGCAAAAGCAGAUUAGCACAACGCUGAAUUUUAUUUGUUAAAAAGUAAAUUCAAAGAUGUAAUUCCUUCUGUGACCUCUGGAGUUCAGCAGACCAAUUCAUCAUCACAUCUAAAUAAUCUUACAGUCUGUUUUACUAGUGGCUCAUCUCAGAUUCUGUUGAAGAAGCAUAAUGUAAAUGUUGGUGAGUCUUAGACUUCAUUGGAUGUUUAUGUAAUUCAGAGCACUCAGGUGUAUGGCUGCAUUAAAAAAAUUAAUGGAGAAUCUUGGAAAACAAUGCUGACAGUGUUUAAUUGAUCAUGCAGUUCCUUCAAUUAUGAAAAGACUUGAAGUUUCUGAAAUGAAAAAAAAACCUAGUGUCUUAUUUUCUUUAUUAAAAUCAGAUAUAAUUUCUAAGUUUCAAAUUUUAAAACUUGAAAGCACAUUUACCUAUUUUAUUUUUUCAGAAAACCUUUUAUAUAUCUGAAGAAGCUGUAUGUUGCUUACUUUGGAUUUGUGGUUUUAAAAGUUUUCAGACAUUUACAUAUAUUAUUUGUUUUAUGAAAAUGUGUGGUUGUACAAUUCAUGUGUGUAGUUUUUUUAAGUCAGCUUUACGUGUUAUUUUGUGAGAUAAUAUAAAUUGACAAUGUUCUGUAAUUAAACUUUACUCCAAAGGUUAAUCUAAUCUAUUGAACUGACUGCAAUUUGAUGAAUUCCCAAAUUUAGCUAAGUAUUCUCAUUAUUCAGACCUAUGCAAUCAGAAUCUUUAAGGAGAAGGGCCUAGGACUCUGCAUUAUAAAGGCAUGCCUAAGAGAUUCUAAUGUUCAUUCAGGUUUCGAACCACUGGAUUAUUGCAAUGAUGAUUCUUCUCUUUACUUUUUCUUUAAUAGGAUCAGGCACUUGCCAGUCUCUGCUCAUCUCUUCUUUACCCUAACAACUGAUGGUUGAGUGCUUUUAACAGCCUUGCCCACAGACUUAGCCAGAGGUGAGCACGAGAUGAUCUCUGGUGCCCAUGCCCUCUUGCUUCCUCUGGAAAGUACUUUAGCCCUUAUCCCAAAAUGGGCUGGAUCCAUCUGCUUAAAUGCUUAGAAGUCAUUUCUUGUUUUCUAUCCACUUUCUGGGGUGUCACUUGCUUCACAAGGUUACUUUCAUCUACAGGGUGGAUUUGGUCAGCCUUUCCUCCAGGUCUGUGACCUUUUGACUAAGUGACCUUUUGACUAAGUUGCCUAGUUCUGGCCUUCAGUGACCUCAGACCCAGGUUUUCUAGAAUGGAAGGUUCGAACAGAUGAUAGUUAAUACCAUCUCAGGUAAUUCUUUUUGCAUGGAUGUAUACACAUCCUCUCUUUUGUUACCUUCUCUUCAGGUUACUGCCCAGUUAUCGUGAGGCUCAAAUAAUAAACGUAUGAUUUUUAUAGCGCUUACUUCAUACCAGACCUAUGCUAAGUGUUUUAACAUUGUCAUGUAAUCCUAGUAAGUAAAGGAGAAUAGUGCUAAACAGCAUGCUCAAAGCAAAGAAAACCUGAAAUGGAAUCAGUGUUAUCAGAGUCUAGGAACUUUAAGGUAGCUGAAAUUUCCCUUCAUUUUAUAUGUAAGUUUAGAGAAAUUACAUAAAAAGUUAUUUCCUGAAGUGUCAAUAUUUAGCAUUCAUAUGUUUCAUUAUUUGAGAAUUAUAGUGCAUUUUCUGCUAAUUUUUAUCUACCAUUUGGCUAUUAUUGUUUAAUUAGGUGUUUAUAGACCAGCUUGGUAUCUGGUGAUCAUUUUCUGUGGAAAAAAUACAUUUUGGCUUAUAAUUAAACUUUCAAAACACAAUCUAUUUGUUUGAGAUCACUUGUCAUAUUUCUAGAAAUGUCCCUUGCAUUAAUUUCUAGUCAGGAUAAAAAAAUAUAAACUUUAAUUUAAAAUGCUAUACUCUUUCUUCACUUUACAAAAUGAGUUGACAAACUUCCUUUAAGUUAGGAAUCUACACAGAACAGAAUUGGACAGGGGAUUAAAAGGUACAGUUAACUAACAUGAAAUAUUAGAUGAACAUUAAGUAAUAUUAUUGAUAUGUAAUAUAUGAAUAUGAAAACCUACAUGUUUGGUUGCUUCAUAGAACAUUUGAUACUUGUUUUGGGACAUUUUAUACAGACACAAAAAUGAAGUAUAUUUAAUGUAUGAGUGAGAAGGGCUUGUAGAUCUAUUCCCAUUUUUGCACACUUUAAAAAAUGUGGAAACUGUUUUGGCAAAGUUGACCCUUGUCUCUCUACAGGUCUUCUUUCUUCCACUUCAGUUGCUAGUGGAUAGAAAGCUUCUCAGACUCCCAUGUUACUUGUUACAAGGUGUAGCAUGCAGCUGUUGGUUGUAAACUGACCGUCAAUUUCAGGAGAGGUCUUUUUGUUUUAUUGUGUUUUCCAUUAGAAAAAUAUAUUUGUGUAUCAGAUACAAGUACAGUAGUCUUCCCAUAUAUUUGUUUUUUAAGACUUUUUAUACAGAGAAGGUAAAAAGUCAGAAAAUGCCCUUAUUUAGAGUUUAUACCUUAUUUUUGGUUUAGAAAAUAGAGUCACUUAAGACCUAUUGCACUGAAAACCCGCUCAAUGUGUCUAGCUGUCCCUUUGCCAUAUAAUAAUGGGUUUUUCCUCUUUUUGGCUGAUUAGAAUAGGAACUUUUUGGAUAGCAGUGUUUUAAAACCCUAUACAACUAUAAUUUUUAAAAUGAAUGCUAAAUUAUAUUUAGACCUCAAAAUGCUUUGGAGAAACUUAAGAAUAGUGUCUCUUUAACAAACAGCUCUUAUGAAAUGUUUGAAAUUCUUUUUUUUUUUUUCUGUUUUGGACUUAGAAUUGAAAAUACCUAUUUGUUUUAGUGAAGGGAAAUGAUGCCAGGAGAGGGAUAAUUAAAAUUGGAGUAUUCCUUGAAAAUUGGGUUUCAUAUGACAUCACUCCAGUGUUGAAAUAAUUUUCAUGCCAUGAUCUCUCCUGAGUUUGAAUCAGUACAAAAGUUCAUUUGGGCUACAUACUUCCCCUGUAUAUAGUACCUAUCAUAAGAAACAUUUAAAUUACAUGAAUUUUUCUGGAAGAUGGACAAUAAAAAAAUGUUUAUCUUGCUGUUUCUGCUUAUAUGUAGGCAGAAUAAUGGUCCCCAAAGGUGUCAUGCCCUAAUCACCAGAACUUGUGAAUAUGUGGUAAAGGGGCUAUGCAAAUGUGCUUGAGGGUAUAGACCUUGAGACAGAUUAUACUGGAUUAUUGAGUGGACCCAGUUUAAUCACAGAAGUCCUUAAAAGUGGAGAGCCUUUCAAAGAAUGACAAUGGAAGGUCAGAGAUUCAACAUUACUGGCUUUGAAGAUGGAGGAAGGUGGGUCCAUCCUUGGACUAAGGGCAGGCUCUAGAAACUGGAAGAAGCAAGGAAACUUUCUCCAGUGGAGUUCCCAGAAAGGGAUGCAGCCCUUCUGGGACCUCGAUUGUAACCUGCUGAGACCCGUGUUGGACAUGUGACUUACAGAACUGUAAGGAAAUAAAUUUAUGUUGUUUUAAAGCCACUAAGUUUGUGGUAAUUUGUUAUGACAGCAGAGAAAAUUAGUACAUUGCCCAUUGUGUCUAUUGUUAAAAUGAAUUUGCAUUCCUUUGAAUCUGAAUUUUACUAGAUCACUGAAAUUGGGGAUUGCCAUCUUAAUUGUCAUAAAAGGGGUCAUCAGAUAAAGAUGAUGAGUUAUUAAAAAUGGUUACUGUGAAAAUAUAAACAUCAUAAGAAUUUGACUCUUAA